AUGGGUGCGCCCAACGGUAUUACGAACGGAGAAACUCCACCGCUUCCUUACAUUGAUCUCGAGUUUGACAAUAAAAACGUCGACGAGUCCGCCCGCGCCUUGGUUUACAGAAUACAGCCGAAAUGGCGGGAUGCGCCGGGGCAGUUGGAAAUUGUCAAGUUCACCGACGGCAUCACAAAUACGUUACUCAAAGUGGCCAAAUAUCUUCCCGGGCAGUCCCAGGCCGAAGUGGACCGAGACUCUAUCCUCCUACGUGCCUAUGGAAACCAUACCGAGAUUCUUAUUGACCGAGAUCGAGAGGCGAGAUCGCACGCUCUGGCAGCCGACCGCAAUUUAGCACCGCCUCUGUUGGCAAGAUUCAAGAACGGACUGCUGUACAGAUACAUUAUCGGCCAGGUUUGCAGUCCACAAGAUCUCAUCUCUGAGCCUGUAUGGCGUGCAGUUGCUAAACGGCUGGGUGAGUGGCAUGCGCGGCUGCCGGUGACCUCCAUGGUCCCGGAUCGAGAUGCCAAUGGUGCCGUUGACGGUGUGGAUGGUGCCAGUGAGCCUGCUCCCGGGUCCGAGCCGCAACACUGCUCACAUCCGGCGGCGAGAAAAACUGCCCAGAACAUCUGGGAGGUCAUGCAGAAAUGGACCGACGCGCUCCCAUGCGACACACCCAAGCAGAGAGCCCGGAAGGAGCUCCUUCAAAACGAGCUGAAUCGGUCCAUCAGAGAUCUGGACAGUGGCCGAGGACCGGGGACUAAUGGGCUUGUGUUUGGACAUUGCGACUUGCUAAGUGCAAACGUUAUAAUGCUCCCACCCAAAGAUAAGAAUUCCUCCAGUAGUAUUUCGGGUGAUGGCACGAUCGAGGUCUCUUUCAUCGACUAUGAGUACGCAACACCAUGUCCUGCCGCAUUCGACAUUGCCAACCACUUUGCCGAAUGGGGCGGCUAUGAUUGUGACUACAACAUGCUGCCGACCAGGUCCGUCCGCCGGCAGUUCCUUCAAGACUAUCUCGAGUCGUACAAAGCCCACAGCGACAUCCUUGUGCCCAACGAUAUGCUUGAUGUAUUACAUGAUGAAGUUGACCGAUACCGCGGUAUGCCCGGACUCUACUGGGGCAUCUGGGCACUGAUCCAAGCGACGAUUUCUCAGAUCGAUUUCGAUUACGCCUCGUACGCCGAAGUCCGGCUUGGUGAAUACUUUGCCUGGAGGGCAGAACAGGACGGCCACCGGGCCAAGGAAGGCUCUGAAAUGCCCCUUCGAGAACGAAGAUGGGCUGAAAACUGA